UUGAAAAUCAGCUCAUAAAACUAAUUGCAGCUCUAUUUUUUAAUAACUGAUUUAAACAUUGAUUACCAAUUUAUUUCAAAACUAAUCGCUCUUUUAUUCGUAAAUUGAUAUUUUAAACAAUUAUGAUACCACGCGAAGGAUGCGUAAUAAUUUAGCUUAUUUAGGGACUGUCAGUCUAUGGAUUUUUGCUCAACUUUGGAAUAUAGAAGGUAUUAUGAAGUGGCCGUCCGGUAGUUAUGGACUACCACGACCUGUUAGUGGGUGUCCACAAUUUUGGAAAGAAGGAUUACGUUAUCAUGACACUGAAGAUAACAAUAGUAACAAUAAACACUCUGUGUCGUUACAUUUAUCAGGUACAGUAAACGAACAUGGUGUUCGACAAGAAUUCUGCCUUAAAGAAGAAAGCUUAUUUGAAGAAGUAGAUACUAAAUGGCCCGAUGGUCAAUAUUGCAUUUAUAAAUAUGGAGAAAGCUGUCCUAAAGAUUUUACGGAAGGUUGGGUAUUCUGGGAUGACGAGAACCAGGAAGAUCUAGAUGGCGGAAAUACAGUAAAAGGUUUUACCCCAGAAGGGGUGUAUGAACUCGAUACUCUUAUUUACUAUUGUUGUAUUGAUAAAGGCAAUAAAAAUAUUCCAAUAGAACUACCGUUAGAUUUACCGUUUUUUUUAAUUGCAUAUAAAUCGAAAGAAUGUCAAGCAGUUUUAGGAACUACUCCCGUAUUAGAAUAUAUUGAAUGGGAUGAUGAAGAUCAAGGAAAUACCAAUGCACAUAGUGAAACAGCGUCCCCCUUCGGAGUUUCAGAAAACAAGAUGAACACAAAGAUCUAUUAUUGCUACUACAAUGCAGGAGGUUGUGGACGAUAUGGCGGAGUUUGUCGAAACACUACUGACAAUGAUAGCACAUUACUCGAGGGGCAAAACAUUGUUGUGGAUGAUCAAAAACGCAGUAAAAAGGCAACUUUUGUUGAGAAGACGACACGUCACUCAGUGCUUGCUGUAGCUAUUGGAUGUAGCGUUGCAGGAGCCAUACUUGGCACAGCUGCUGUCGGUAUAUUUAUACAAAAAUAUUUAAACAAAAAAAAUUCUGAUUACACUUUGGAACGUUCUUUAAAUGAAGAUGAAAUACCUCGGCCCGACCAUAUAUGGUAAAAAACAGUAACAGAUAUUUUAAAUUUAUAUGUAAAUUGUAAAUAGAGCACCAAAAUGCAUCAUUCAUAAAUUUGAA